AAUUGUAACAAAAUAAAUAACUUUAAAAGACUAACUUGACACCAUUGAAUCAUAAAAAAAUCAAGUUGCUCAAUCUUGAUAUUUGAGGCUAAAAAAUAAAAUAAACUUUAUAUAUAUAUAUAUAUAUAUAUAUAUAUUUUUUUUUUUUUAGUUAGAGAAAUAACAGGUGAUGAUAAGGACUAUAUUUUAUUUAUAUUUUUAUUGACUAGUAGCAGAAAAUAUUUAUGUCAAAAGCCAGAAAAAACGGAUUUAAGAGUAUUUAUUUUGUCUUGUAUUCAGGUUAAGCUUCAUCAUAAUAAAUCCAUAAUUCUACCUUUUACUUUGUCUGUUUCACAUCUGUACCACUGUUGGUGGUCCAAUUCUUCUUGCUUCUUCUUCCUUUCCACUUUUCUGUUAAUUCUUCUAACAAUUUCAGCUCACUUUAUAGUUAUUUAGCUGAAGUUGGAAUUGUUUACUCAAGAAUUCUUGUGUUUCAUUAGAUGCAUUACAUUUGAAGGAAGCCCUUCAAUUUCGAUCAUGGCAACCGAUCUAUCUCUUUCUCCUGAAAUUCGUACUAAUGAAGUUCUCUUAGAGAUAGGGAAUUCUGAAAAGCAACUGUGGGGAUUGAUCCAUUCUAAAGGCAUUCUACACUCAGAUGCUCAAGACUUGUAUCACAAGAUCCGAGCUAGUUAUGAGAGAGUUAUCUUGAAUAAUUAUACCUAUGCAGAACUUCAGGAUGUGGAAUAUUCUUUGUGGAAGCUUCAUUAUAAGCAUAUUGACGAAUUUCGAAAAAUAAUAAAGAAAAGCUCGGGCGAUGUGGAGAGCAACAAAUUAGGAACGACACAAACUGGUGUUGUGCAGAGAAUCACUAGCAACCCUUUUAAAUUAUUUAAGUUGUUUUUGUCAGAUGCUUCUGAGUUUUACCAAAAUCUAAUGGUAAAACUAAGAAAACAUUCUGGAGUGUCGGAAGAGGCAUUGUUUCGUAAAAAGGGUUGGAUCUUUACUUCUGUUGAACCAGAAGUUAAGCUGAAAUGUAAAUAUUUAUGUCAUCGCUGCUUAGUUUGUAUGGGUGAUCUUGCCAGGUACAAAGAACAAUGUGAAAAUCCUGAUACUCAAAAUCACAAUUGGUCAGUUGCUGCCACACAUUACUUGGAAGCAACAAGAAUUUGGCCUAAUAGUGGUAACCCUCAAAAUCAGUUGGCUGUAUUGGCAACAUAUAUCGGUGAUGAGUUUCUUGCUCUAUACCAUUGUGUAAGAAGUUUAGCAGUUAAAGAACCUUUUCCUGAUGCAUGGAACAAUCUUAUCUUGCUGUUUGAAAAGAACAGGUCAUCUCCUUUGCAAUAUGUUUCCGGGGAAGUCUGCUUUGAUUUGUUUAAACGUUCUGGAAGAAUCAGUGAAGAGAAAAAGGCGCAACUGAAAGAUGAUUGCGCAAAUUACAUAAAAUUUGAAGGCGGAAGUAAUCAUUUCACUGACACAAAGUUAUGGUCUCUUAUGGUGAGAAUGAUAAGUUUCCUCUUCAUAACAUCAAGUUUUGAGGAAUUCUCUAUUGCAUUGGCAUCUACAAUUGGAGAGAUGGAUAAAAUGUUGAAGCUAAACGAUGCAGAACUAAAGACCGUGUUGGACUCCUAUAGUCAAAUGGAUUUAGCCAGAAGAGGUCCUUUUCGAGCAAUACACGUAGUUUGUAUUCUCAUAUUUUCGCUAAAGAAUUUAAUGGAUAAACUUGAAAAAAGUGAUUCAAAAGACGAAAAUGUUAUGCAGUUGAUUCAACUUGGAUUUGCUGCUGCAUUUGGUGUCAUGGGACGUUUCGUUGAAAGAUGUCUUAAGGCUAUUUCUUUGAAUCAUUGCCCCUUAUUACCUUCUGUGCUUGUUUUUGUCGAGUGGUUUUCUAGUGUGCUUGAUGCAACUGAAGUAUGUACACCUGAUCAAAAGUGUGGAAGAGCCAUUUCAUAUUUUCUCGACGUGUUUGUGGAGCUUCUAAAUAAACUAAAUGGCAACAGAAAGGAAACCAAAAAGCUUCUUGAUAGCACCGCUCUAUGGGAGGAUUUCGAAUUGCGGGGUUUUGUACCUAUAUCUUGUUCACAUUUUUCAUUAGAUUUCUGUGGUGAUUGGGAACACAGAGACAAUUUUGAAAGUGGAGUGGAAUUGCGAGCCGGACGCAUAAAAGAAGCAGCUAUGAAAAUUGCCAGCAGAUCAAAUAAUUUAGAAAAGUGGAUUACUUAUGAUGAAUUAGGAAGAAGAUUUUGUGUGGCUAGAUCAGAUGAAUGUCACGGCGAUAAAAAAACACAACAUAUGGAGUCUAAUGGCAAUAGUACAAGAGGAAAAGAAGCUAAUCAGCAAACUAACAAAGAUACCGGGGAACAAUGCAAAUCGACGACAGAGGCGAAUCCAAGUAGCUCUAUCAGUAAUGGAAAAACUUCUGUAGUGGAAGAAGAAGAAGUUAUUCUCUUUAGGCCUCUUACAAGGUAUAAUUCAGCGCCAUCAUCCAGCAAUGAGCAGAUAUCACAAAAAGACAAUGAUGACCAAAGCUUACCAUCUGAUGAUUGUUUGCGCCGUGCUACAUCUCUUCUUAUGGCACAAAACCCAGCUCAAACUCAAAGUGAUCCGUGGGAAUACCAUGAAAGCAUUUCGAAUUUCAGGAGUGACAAAUCGUUCAAACAGCAUGAACCUUCCGCAAAGGAAUCAAAUGCACACACUUAUUCUGAAGCCCCUAUCUCUGCUGGCCCUCCGUCGCUCAAUGCUUGGGUCCUCGAUGAAGGAAGUUUGAGCAGCAACAAUAGAAGAAAUGCGAAAAAGGAUCUUGAACAUAGGUUGCAUCCUAUUGAAGAAAUAGCUUCAUCAUCUUUGGCAGGUUUAUCCAUCAAUAAAAAUGAAAAUUCAGUCAUUAGUUCAGUGAAUGAAUCUUCAAACCUCAAUGCAUCUUCUGCUACAUAUUCUCUUCCAGUACCUUCUGCUCCAUUAUUACCUGAUAAUGCUGCCUGGUUUACUGAUGCACAAGCUCAACCUAGUUUACCUGCUCCGAGAUUUCUAGAAACUUCGCCACCAAUAAGUGGUUACUCAGAUUGGAGUUCUGCUUAUGGACCACCUGGAUAUGAUCCUAGAUAUCCAGUUUUUUACGGUGGAUACCCUCCACCCGGACGAAUGACUUCUUCGGAAUGGCUGCGUUGGUACAGAGAGAACCACAAACCUGAGAAAGCUAACAAUUAUACGCAGCCUACUUAUCCGAAUAUUCCUGGUCCCGGAAAUCAUGAAAACUUCCUCUAUCAUGAUAAUCUUUACAGGUUUGAUCAAUUUGACAGAAGGGAAAAUCCUUUGUCUUAUACUAACCAGGACACGUAUAUCGAGUCCCCGGGUCCCCCACCGUUGCAGCCAGAUUUUCUUCGUGCAGGUGAACACAAAGCUAGUCUCUACAACAAUUAUCAAAGACCACACCCUUUUGGGUAUGGUGCUGUAACGGAACUGAGAAAUGAGCCACAGUCUCUGCUAGAAUGCUUGAAGGAGAAGGAAUGGCGACUCCAGCGAGAUUCUAACCUUGGAGGGUCUACAUUCACAGGAAAUUAUAACUCUUAAUCAGAAACUUAUGUGUCGCGGACCAUUCCAUAAUUGUACACAUUGUUGCGCAGUCACUUUGGUAGAGUUUAAAUCUGUCAUCAUAUCACACAUGUGUAUACAAAUGUCUUAGCUAUUUCAUAUGAACUGAAAACUCUAAUUUUUAUAGAAAGUGGAUGAAUUAUCCUUUAUUCAUCCACUGUUCUAAGAUAUGCAUGUAAAUUAUGUAGAGUUGAUAUUAAAAGAGGAAACCCUCAUUCUCAGAGCUGA